UAGAAGCGGUAGGAGCAGCGUUGGCACCGACGAACCAUGGCUGGGAUUUUCUAUUUCGUCCUCUUUUCGUUUCUCCUUGGGAUUUGCGACGCUGUCACCGGUUCCAGGGUGUACCCCGCGAAUGAAGUUACCUUAUUGGAUUCCAGAUCCGUUCAGGGAGAACUUGGGUGGAUAGCAAGCCCUCUGGAGGGAGGGUGGGAGGAAGUGAGUAUAAUGGAUGAAAAAAAUACACCAAUCCGAACCUACCAAGUGUGCAACGUGAUGGAGCCCAGCCAGAAUAACUGGCUACGAACUGAUUGGAUCACACGAGAAGGGGCUCAGAGGGUGUACAUUGAGAUCAAGUUCACCUUGAGGGACUGCAACAGUCUUCCGGGUGUCAUGGGGACAUGCAAGGAGACGUUUAACCUGUACUACUAUGAAUCAGACAGCGACAAGGAGCGUUUUAUUCGAGAAAGCCAGUUUGCCAAGAUUGACACCAUUGCCGCUGAUGAGAGCUUCACCCAAGUGGACAUUGGAGACAGAAUCAUGAAGCUGAACACUGAGAUCCGGGAUGUAGGGCCACUGAGUAAAAAGGGGUUUUAUCUGGCUUUUCAGGAUGUGGGGGCCUGUAUCGCCCUGGUGUCAGUCCGUGUGUUUUAUAAGAAGUGUCCACUCACCGUUCGCAAUCUGGCCCAGUUUCCAGACACCAUCACAGGGGCUGAUACGUCUUCCCUGGUUGAAGUUCGAGGCUCUUGUGUCAACAACUCAGAAGAGAAGGAUGUGCCAAAAAUGUACUGUGGGGCAGAUGGCGAAUGGCUGGUACCCAUUGGCAACUGCCUGUGUAAUGCUGGGCAUGAAGAGCGGAAUGGAGAAUGCCAAGCCUGCAGAAUUGGGUAUUACAAGGCCCUCUCCACGGAUGCCACUUGUGCCAAGUGCCCACCCCACAGCUACUCUGUCUGGGAAGGAGCCACGUCGUGUACCUGUGACCGUGGCUUUUUCAGAGCUGAUGGUGAUGCCGCCUCGAUGCCCUGCACCCGUCCACCAUCUGCUCCCCUCAACUUGAUUUCAAAUGUCAAUGAGACCUCGGUGAACUUGGAAUGGAGCAGUCCUCAGAACACAGGUGGCCGCCAGGACAUUUCCUACAAUGUGGUAUGCAAGAAAUGUGGAGCUGGCGAUUCCAGCAAGUGCCGACCCUGUGGAAGUGGGGUCCACUAUACCCCUCAGCAGAAUGGCCUGAAGACCACCAAAGUCUCCAUCACUGACCUUCUGGCUCAUACUAAUUACACCUUUGAAAUCUGGGCUGUGAAUGGAGUGUCCAAGUAUAACCCUAGCCCAGACCAGUCAGUGUCUGUCACUGUGACAACCAACCAAGCAGCACCAUCGUCCAUUGCUUUGGUCCAGGCGAAAGAAGUUACGAGAUACAGUGUUGCUCUGGCUUGGCUGGAACCAGACCGGCCCAAUGGGGUGAUCUUGGAGUAUGAAGUCAAGUAUUAUGAGAAGGAUCAGAAUGAGCAAAGCUACCGGAUCGUCCGGACGGCUGCCAGGAACACAGAUAUCAAAGGCCUGAACCCUCUGACUUCUUAUGUUUUCCACGUCCGAGCCAGGACAGCAGCCGGCUACGGAGACUUCAGCGAGCCCCUGGAGGUCACAACCAACACAGUGCCCUCCCGGAUCAUCGGGGACGGCGCCAACUCCACCGUCCUCCUGGUCUCCGUCUCGGGCAGCGUGGUGCUCGUGGUCAUUCUCAUCGCUGCGUUUGUGAUCAGCAGGAGACGGAGUAAAUACAGUAAAGCAAAACAAGAGGCAGAUGAAGAGAAACAUUUGAAUCAAGGUGUUAGAACAUAUGUGGAUCCCUUUACAUAUGAAGAUCCCAAUCAAGCCGUCCGAGAAUUUGCCAAAGAAAUUGACGCUUCCUGCAUUAAGAUUGAAAAAGUCAUAGGAGUUGGUGAAUUUGGUGAAGUUUGCAGUGGGCGUCUCAAAGUGCCUGGCAAGAGAGAGAUCUGUGUGGCCAUCAAGACUCUGAAAGCUGGUUAUACAGACAAACAGAGGAGAGACUUCCUGAGUGAAGCCAGCAUCAUGGGGCAGUUCGAUCACCCCAAUAUAAUUCACCUGGAAGGCGUUGUCACCAAAUGUAAACCAGUAAUGAUCAUAACAGAGUACAUGGAGAAUGGCUCCUUGGAUGCAUUUCUCAGGAAGAAUGAUGGCAGAUUUACAGUCAUUCAGCUGGUGGGCAUGCUUCGUGGCAUUGGGUCCGGGAUGAAGUAUUUAUCCGAUAUGAGCUAUGUACAUCGAGAUCUGGCUGCAAGGAACAUCCUGGUCAAUAGCAACUUGGUCUGCAAAGUGUCUGAUUUUGGUAUGUCCCGAGUGCUUGAGGAUGAUCCUGAAGCAGCUUACACCACCAGGGGUGGCAAGAUUCCUAUCCGGUGGACUGCGCCAGAAGCAAUUGCCUAUCGUAAAUUCACAUCAGCAAGUGAUGUGUGGAGCUACGGAAUCGUUAUGUGGGAAGUGAUGUCGUAUGGAGAGAGACCCUAUUGGGACAUGUCCAAUCAAGACGUGAUUAAAGCCAUUGAGGAAGGCUAUCGGCUCCCCCCUCCAAUGGACUGCCCCAUUGCACUCCACCAGCUGAUGCUAGACUGCUGGCAGAAGGAGAGAAGCGACAGGCCUAAAUUUGGGCAGAUUGUCAACAUGUUGGAUAAACUCAUUCGCAACCCCAACAGCUUGAAGAGGACGGGGACGGAGAGCUCCAGACCUAACACUGCCUUGUUGGACCCAAGCUCCCCCGAAUUUUCUGCCGUGGUAUCAGUGGGAGAUUGGCUUCAGGCCAUUAAAAUGGACCGGUAUAAGGAUAACUUCACAGCUGCUGGCUAUACCACUCUAGAGGCUGUAGUGCACAUGAACCAGGAUGACCUGGCAAGAAUUGGCAUCAUAGCUGUCACACACCAGAAUAAGAUUUUGAGCAGCGUCCAGACAAUGAGAACCCAGAUGCAGCAGAUACACGGCAGAAUGGUUCCUGUCUGAGCCAGUACUGGGGGGAAAAAAACAAAACUCAAAACUCUUGAAAUUAGUUUACCUCAUUCAUGCACUUUAAUUGAAGAACUGCACUUUUUUUACUUCGUCUUCGCCCUCUGAAAUUAAAGGAAAAAAAAGAAAAUACCUGCAGCAUUGCUUGGUGUACAGAUUGCUGAGACUGUGGGCUGACUGAGAAAGGAUGACUGCUGAUUGAAUUCGACCAGGAACAGAUUGUUUCUCAGAAGGACCUUCCGUCCAUCACCAGUUUGUGAAAAUACAUGUACCUGUAUAAAUAGAGUACCACCUCCGAGUUUUGAUGCCAGACACUGAGCUUCCCAGACAUCUCGAACCCUCUCUCUGUUUGGAAUUACAAUCACAGUAUUUUGUUGGUGGCCUCCGUACCGCCAGCCUCCUCUCACGAACGAAGGCCCUGCCCCGGAGCAGUUUUGAAGGACUCAGUCGUACCUUGGAAGGCUUGAUUUAGACCGUGGGAAAAAGCGAGGUGAAAGACCGCACGGCUUCUCAGCGUUUCUCCCUCAGUGCACAGGCCACCUGGUGGAUCAUGACAACAGGAGGGCCUGGAAGGGAAAGGAAAGAGGAUUUUAAAAUAAUAAUAAUAAACCCUAAGCAUCCUACCCCCAUCUGGGCGAACAAGGUCUUUUUCGUCGGGCCUGAGGCUGUGCCAUUUGAAGUCUUAUUUUGGGACUCUACAAACUUACCCUGACUGCUUUACAGAUAGUGGACUGUGACAAUCUUGAGUAGGGAUCUUUCACCCUUCCUUCCUUUAAAGCAGCAAGCGCAAGUCUGCAAGGGAGUAGCUUCUGCUCUCUUGGCCUCACAGCCCUUCCUGUUGAUUACAAAGCCCAUGGAAGAAAACGGAACACACCCUGUUCAGCUCCUUCUAAAUGUGUUUCUUCUGCUUCUCCUCUGAUAGUUCUGGAGCAAAGACACUGAUGAAACAACACCCGUACCUGAAAAGAAUAAGCAUGUGACUUUCCAGUCGGCUCUCCCCCCGACAGCAGCAGUGAACGCUCGAGGUUCGGCAUCCCUUCUCCAGCCGCGCUGAGGACUGUACUGUCUCCCAGCACCAGCUCUGCAGAGCCCUUGUUCCCAGACUCCUUGUGGUUUAAUUUAUAUGUAUUUCCAUAUCUCAUUCCUGUAUGCCAACUGCUGCGUCAAUGUGACAGCAAGUGACCUGAGGCUACAGGUUUUACUAUGGACACCAGGUCAGGUGCCACCACACGAAACGAAGCCAGUUCCUGUGAGCUGCCUCUGAUAUGCAUUGCUGAAGUAACAUUUUACCCAGGGUGUGCCAUUACAGUGAUAUAAGUAUAUUUUUUUUCCUAGACGUAAUAUGAGCUAUCUCUUCUGAUGUGUGUACAUAGGUGUGAGUGUGUGUGUAUGUGUGUGCGAGUGUGUAACCUCAUGCUUAGAACUGCCUGUGAAUGUUGUGGAACGCUACACCUGGAGAGUUCCGGUUUCCCACCAGUGCCGAGAUGCAGAGCCACAUGCGACAGUGGGCCUGAAGACCAUGCCUGUCCCCUUAGAAAGAUGACCCAGAAAUGUUCAAUGUCCUGUAAGUGUGUUUUGUAGCUACCACACUAACCUUACUAGGGAAUUCUACAGCUUUGGACAGACAUAUUCACCUUAGUGAUGGAGUGAUUUUAAAUCUAUCCAGGUGACAGCCCAUCAUCAAAAUCACGAAUUCUGAUUGAACUCCUCAUCUGCAUCACCAGCUUCUUGAUGGCGGGAGAGGGAGGAAUGGGACCUGUCUGGUAACCCCAAGUAAAAUACAAGUAGCCUUUGUUUUCCUGCAUAAAUGGACUUGUUGAAUGCGAACAAAUAUAUGCAAUUCAUAUACUUUUGGAGAUGAACGUAGAUGUGUGUCAACUUGGAGAUGACGUGUCCUGGAUUAAUACUUUGUCUCCCAAUGUCACAGAAAAAUACAUGCCAGUGAUUCUUGAGUUUAGCAGAGUUGGGAUUACAUGGCCUCAAGCAAUUUCAGGUUCCCAGUUUACAGGAAAAGUUCUAGAAUGAUUAAUAUGCAGCUAACUCCUACAGCCCUCAAAAGUGCAUCAGCCUUCCAGAAUCUGAGGUCCAUGUGUGUGAAGAUCCAGUUCUGAUAUGAUAUGUAUACCAAACUCCAGCCAACAUACUGCCAUUUUUCAUAGUCUGAGUGGCUGCCUUGCUUAUUCUAAGCUCUAAGCUAUGGUUGCAGAAACUGUGGCCAUUUAUAUAAGCUAUAACAUCGAAUCAGGGAAAAAUGGGAAAAAAAGAUUCUGAAACCUAUGUUGUUGAAUAAUAAAUAAGAAAAUCAUCAAUAAAUAUUAAUUACAUUCUGACAGGGUGUAUGGCAUUGUAUUCUUAUAACUAUGCCAGAGUGACAAAGUUAAUUCCCCCCUUUUUGGGGACUUUAAUAUAUUUUUAAAGGGAUGUGCCUAUGCAUUGAUGCCUGAAACAUAUGUAUAAAGAAAUGAGGUUGAAUCUCUGAGCAGGUCAUCUUUCUCCAGAGGUCAGGGCAGGAGGCCAACCUCAAGGGCUGUAUCCAGCCCCACCAGUGAGGGCUGGCCUAGUGAGCCUAGAUGCAAAAUCAUGCCCAGAUCUUCCAUUAGGCAACAUUAAGCUGUUCCCCUGCACCAAAUCAAGUAGUUUCACCAUGUGUCUGCUGACCCCAAAUUAUUUUUAACAAUCUUAUGAAUGGAAUGUUCUGGUGUGUUUAAAAAAGUUAUUUUAAGGACAGGUUGUGCUCAGUACACUGCUGGUGUGUGUAAUUUUAAGACCUCUCAUACUCAGUCUGUGAAGGAUAUGUGUAUUAAUCCAUACACACUUGUAGCCUCAAGAUUUGUCUGAAGACACUUAAAUUCUGACCAGUAAAGAAAAGUUCUAGAAGCAAUAUUUUCACUUACCUAACAUUCUUCAAAGAACAUCAGUCAUUGAUAACACACUGAAGAGUCCAUUUAUUUUUUGUAUCACUCCCAUGUACGUUGGAAUAUGCAAGGACUGUGGUUAAAAUUAGAAUGUAUAAGGCAUAUUAUAAUUUAGCUCAUACUGAAAAGUAAAUUAACAACAUUGCUUGGUUCAUACGUGUUGCAAAAUUUGAGCGAUCUCUUGAGUUAGACAUAGAUUUUCUAUUUUAUUUUAUUUUGUCAAGGUAUUUUUCUUCCUUCAUGAACUUUAGGUACACAUAACUUAUGUCAUUUAUUUAUGGUCUUUUAUACCUAGUUUGUAAAAUUGUAAAAUAGCAAACUAAAUGCAAAGAGUUUGCAUUUGAAAAUAAUAAAGUAGUUGCCGUAUACAGA